CGACGCCGCGAAUUAAACAAUUGCGGUGCUGGUGUACAUUCUAAUUAUUAUUAUUAGUCGUUAUCGGUCGGCUGGCCGGUCAAUCUCGCGCGGUCAACGAUCACGUCACACACGGUCAAUCGUGAGUGCUCGCGUUUUUUUUUUUUUUCGGGGGGAUGCCGGCCGCGUGUGAACCGGAGUAAUGCAGUGCGCGACUACCGGAAAUGGGGAUGACGUUUUUCUGGAGCAAGCAUAAACUGAAAUAAACGAAAAGCAACAUGUCGAUCAAGAAGAGCGCGAGGCGCUACGAGGAUACCAUGGACGAAGAUUCCGACGAUAAGGACUCGAAACGGAAAUCGAGAAACAUAAGCGAGAAAAAGCGUCGCGAUCAGUUCAACCUGCUGGUCAGCGAGCUCAGCUCAAUGAUCUCGUCGAGCGGCCGCAAAAUGGACAAGUCGACCGUCCUUAAGUCCACUAUCGCCUUCCUGAAGAACCACAACGAGGUGACGAACAGGUCGAGGAUCAACGAGAUCCAGGAGGACUGGAAACCGACUUUUCUUGCGAACGAAGAGUUUACUCACCUCGUUCUGGAAGCUGUAGACGGCUUCAUCGUAGUCUUCUCCACAUCCGGUCAGAUUUACUACGUAUCGGAAAGCAUUACGUCGCUACUCGGUCAUUUGCCGGGCGCCAUUUUGAACAUGUCAAUCUACGAUCUCGCGAACGCUGAAGAAAGGACGAACCUCUACAACAUGCUGAUGAACCCCACGGAAGACGAAACUCCGGUGUCAUUCUCGUGCCACCUGCAGCGAGGCGGUCAAGAUUCGAUCACGUCCGCCUGCUAUGAGCUCGUGCAUUUCGUUGGAUAUUUUAGGUCCGAUGAGGAUGUCAAACGUGAUGAGAACCGCUAUCGGGGUUACCCCGGUGAUGUGGACGCAAGACUCCUCUUCGUCGGCACCGGUAGACUCCAAACUCCGCAGCUGAUCAAGGAAAUGCCGCUGGUCGACUCGAAUCAGAUAGAGUUCACGUCCAGACACAGCCUCGAGUGGAAAUUCCUGUUUCUCGAUCACAGGGCACCGCCGAUAAUUGGUUAUUUGCCGUUCGAGCUGCUCGGCACGUCAGGCUACGAGUACUACCACAUCGACGACCUGGACAAAGUCAUCAGCUGCCACGAAGAGAUCAUGCAGAAAGGCGAGGGCACCUCGUGCCACUACAGGUUCCUCACCAAGGGCCAGCAGUGGAUAUGGUUACAGACCAAGUUCUACAUCACGUACCAUCAGUGGAACUCGAAGCCCGAGUUUGUUGUGUGCACGCACAGGGUCGUCAACUACGUCGACGUCACGUGUCGCCCACGUAGCUCCAGGUCCAGGGACCGAUCACCUCCAGUUGUCGACAACGACGGCACCAGCUCCGAAUCGUGGAUAGGAGGCAGAACGACCAAAAGUCGUCACCUGUCCGACUGCACGUCCACGUCAGCCGACUCGCCUGGUUCGAAGCACUCGUGUCACAGUCGUCCGUCUUCCGUCACGCAAAAGUCGAGGGUGCGACAAGGCAAAUAUUCUUCGGCGGUUCAGUAUCAGCAGCAGCAACAGCAGCAGCAGUACGUCCACCGGCAACCGUCGUCGUCGCCGCAGUUCCUCGAGCCGCCGCCCCAAUACGUUUUGCCCGAUCAACCGAUGGUAGCGGGUUAUUCGCCUCAGGUGACGAUGUCACCUUUGUUGCCGAUGGAGCCGAUGGUGCCGCCUCAAAAUCAGCUGCAAGCCGACUUGCAGAGGAAGCAAGCCGAGCUGCAAGCGAUGAUAGGUCAACAGCAGCAGGAGCUCAAACGGGUGUCCGAGCAGCUGCUGAUGGCCAAGCUGGGCCUGCUUCCUCAGGCGGGUCAACAGCAGCAGCACCAGCAGGCGUCGUCUUAUCAAUUAAACAACACGGGGACAGUGAGCAGUACCACGACCACCACCUUACCGGUGGCGGGUGGUCCUUCCGUUAUCGUACCUGUUUCGGAACCGAUGCAGACGCAUCAGACUGUGAUGUAUAGUAGCCCAGACUCGAAUACUCAAAAUAAGUAGAGCUACGAAAGGAGUCCGAUUUAUUUAUUUAUUUAUAUGGAAAGAUUGAGAUAAUACGCGAGUUACAAAAAGUAUUGUGAUAUUUAUAGGCGACUGUUUCGGUUACCGAUUUAAAGUUGGGUUAGUUGCGGUCUGAGAGCAUAUAUCCACUAAUUAUAUAGAGGCCCUGGCCAUGCCGAUAAUACCGGAACCAAUAAAAUGUUGCGACAUGCAACAGUCAACAUGUCAGCUGACAGUUUAUCAAUUCGACAGUUUUUUACUUGGAUGUCCGAUGCGCACCUGUUUCACAAUAUUGGCGGCCCCUAUAUUAUCUAAUAGCUACAUGAUUGACAUUGUCUUGGCGCUAUUUUUUGUAGUCUAUGUUCACGCAAGAUAAGGUUUGUUCCUAAGGAGAAAUCGCGGACCCGCCCUAGUUUUACCGCUCAUAUAUUAAAACAAUCGAUGUUAAGGUUGCCAUGGUAAAAUUUUAAAUAUUUCUGAAGGCAAACUCAUUUAUCAUUCGAAAUUAACGCAAAUUCAACAAGAAAGAAAUAAAGAAUGAAACAGUUUUAGGCUAGCUUAUGUUUCGUAAUAUUUUGCGCAUUUGUAUUAGUUCGAAGUUUCUGAUGUAGAUCGGGCGUCAGUCGUUUGGGUGGUUGUCGGUAGAUAUGUCAAUAACAAGUAACAAAAGUAACUAUAAAUAGAAACAUUGGUUUUGUUUCGAUAAACACGCAAAGACUUUAGCAAAUUAAAUUAAUCAAAGCAGCUAGUGUGAAAUAUAUGCAAUUAUUAUUCGCUUCAGUGGCAGUUUUAAAAAUUACGAAGCGAAUGUGCAAACAAUGUCAACUGUCGAAUUGUCAAAAAUUGACAUUGGGGACAUUUUAAAACAUCUGCUUUCACACCAUUGAGAUAAAUAUUCUGCGUAUAAAAUGUCCCGUAUUCAUUAGAACACUGCUAAAAUGAACACUACUAUAACCAAAUAGUUUCUUUAGAAUGAAAUGUACAACGAAGCGAGUAAUGAUCUCUAUUAAAAACAAAUCCAGCCGGUAGGAAGGAACCUCGUUACAUUAUAAGUUAUGUUAGGUCGAAUGAACUCGUUUAGUAGGUGCUACGUCGCGUACAUGAUUAGUUCUGCACGAUAUAAUUCGAAAUCAUCCGUAAGUCCUUUCGUCCGAACUAUUUGUAUAGUUAAUUAAAUCGUAGGUAAUAGUAAGUUCGAACCGAAGCCCGACAUUCAUUUUCGGAUGGGGGAGAAUAGUUUUAUCUAAUCUACGCAAACCACAAAAAAACUGCGACGCUGUAUUUUAUAUGCAUUUAUACAUUUAUAUUUUUAUAUGAUAACAAAAACUAGCGUUGCUCUAGCUGUUACAUAUUCUAUAAAAAUAUCAUCUGUAGAAAUUCUGUUAAAAUUAUUAAGUAGAUUAUAUAAAAAUUCCCUCGUUUCAUUGGCGCCGGGUGUCGGAGGUUAUAUUAUCCGAAAAUGUCGAAUCUUGCGUUUUAACUAAACGAAUUCGUUAAAUGUUACCUGAACAAAUAACCGUUGUGUUGUAAUUUGUUAAUAUAUCGUGUCGUAAUAGAACAAUUUUUUUG